ACUCCGAUCUCAAGAAACGAAGUCAGAGGAACCGAAACAGCACACUGCUUCCUGAUUUCAGUGAUGACCAAUUUCUUCUCCAAAUUCGGAUCCUGCUACCGUCAUCCGCGAUGGAGACGGCCGGCGACGGACGACAGGCAUCUCUGCCACAUUGGUACUUCCGGUGAUUGCCGUCGCGUGGGGAGCAACAGAGUCUAUUGUCGCCGGAACCGCCCAUCGCAUUGGCGUCCGGCGCUGUCAGUGAUCAUGGAGGACAGUCUGGAUCAGGAUCAUGGCAACAAAGUUUACAGGCAAUCCGACAAGUCGUCCGGAAAAAACAAAUCAGUGGCGGAUGUUGCCUGUAUCUCCAAAUAUGAUGACAAGGAAAGUCCGAUGAAGCCUAAAAUAUACAUUUCGCCGUUCUCCGCCACACCGUACAUGUUUUAAGCUUAAUUAGACUCUCAUAGUUGA